AUGGCGGGCGCGGAGCCCUUCGCGGCGGUGCUGGCCGCCCUGCGCGGCUGCUACGCCGAGGCCGCCCCGUUGGAGACCUUCAUCCGUCGGUUGCGGGAAAGCGGCACCGGGGAGACCGAGGUGCUGCGGGGCGACGACGCCCCCUGCUACCGGACCUUCGUGGGGCAGUGCGUGGUGUGCGUCCCCCGCGGAGCCCGCGCCAUCCCCCGGCCCUUCACCUUCCAGCAGUUAUCUAGUCAGAGUGAAGUCAUCACACGAGUUGUUCAGAGACUGUGUGAAAAAAGAAAGAAGAAUGUCCUCGCGUAUGGAUACUCCUUACUGGACGAAAACAGUUCUCAUUUCCAAAUCAUGCCGUCUUCAAAUAUAUACAGCUACCUACCCAAUACUGCAACAGAAACUAUUCGUAUCAGCGGCCUCUGGGAAACACUGCUGAGCAGGAUAGGGGAUGAUGUGAUGAUGUAUUUGUUGGAACAUUGUGCAAUCUUUAUGCUGGUUCCCCCUAGUAAUUGUUACCAAGUUUGUGGGCAACCAGUUUAUGAACUUAUUUCACAUAAUGUAGACUCAUCCCCAGUGUUUGUUAAACAAAGGUUUUCAAAGCAUAAACGUAGUAGCUUGCUUGACUAUAUGCAAAAAAGGCUUAUGUUUCAUAGAAAGUAUCUUUCAAAGUCGCAUUGGUGGAAAUGCAGGCAGAGACUUGAAGCUAAGGUCUCCAGCAUGGGAAAUAAAAAAAAUAACAAGACACAAAGCGUCAUGUCCAGUUACCAGUAUUCUGCAAAAGCCGUUUCUAAAGCAAGCAAACAGAUCAGAAUGGUUACUGAACAUCUGGAAAAACAGAGUAGCUCCAGAUUAUAUUUGUCAGCUACAGCACCGUCUUUAAAAAGGAAGCUUGAUAGGGAGCAACUUGAAAUUUCAGCUAAGAGAGCAAAAGUAGAGGAAAAAGUGAGAGAGGAAAAGGCUUGUAAUCUCACUCCUGAUGUAAACCAAAGUAGUUCCAAGAGAUACGGAACUGGGUAUGUAGAAUCACAUUCUGUAAAUCUCAUUAAAAACCAGCACGUUUCUCAAAGAAGUAGCAGUGAUAUGUCUGGUCCUUCUUUAGUUCACACAUCUUGUGACGGGAAGAAGUUUGUGGCAGGUGAAAGGUCUUUCCUGCGAGGAGUUCAGAGUAACAAACUUUUAAAGCCCAGCAUUGAAAUUCAAGCAGAAUCCCAUAGGAAAGGAGUAGAGAUGCAUGUGUAUAAAUCUCAGUUGGAUUCUGUACAGAUCAAAGCCGUGGAGGGUAUUUCUUCAAAAUGUGGAAGGCGGGAAAGUCCCCUAGCUCAUUUGGCAAAGAAGUUACCAAACACACUCCUGCGUUCUGCAGUAUACAUUGACAGGAAGUUUCUUCUGUACUCUCGCAGGAGUUUCCAAGAAUGUUUUCCUAAAUCGUUUUUAUUGAAUCGCUUGCAGGGCUGUCAGGCAGGUGGAAGACGGCUUAUACAAACUAUAUUCUUAAGCCAAAAUCUGUUGGAGCAAAAGCACAGCCAAAGUCUGCCACAUCACAACUGGAGAAAGAAGAGGUUGCCCAAACGCUACUGGCAAAUGAGACACACAUUUCAGAAACUCUUAAAGAACCAUGGAAAGUGCCCUUACUUAGUUCUCUUGAAAAAAAAUUGCCCUGUCUGGAUAUCUGAAACCAGUGUGAGACAAACUGAGCUGCCUUCUCAGGCAGCCUUGCCUGGGGAAGCAGAGGUUCGCGAGCAAGUGGAACACAGAUGUGAAUCUGGUCACACUGAUGCGCCAGACAACUUACGUGCUCCUCUUGCAAAAUCUGUGCGGGGGGAGUUGCAGAGUGAGGAGCAAAACUCGGGAGAGGUGUGUGAUUCAGCCCUCGGGGAGCUCCUCAAGCAGCACAGCAGCCACUGGCAGGUGUACAUCUUUGUGAGGGAGUGCCUGGAGCGGGUCAUCCCCGCUGAGCUUUGGGGUUCUAACCAUAACAAGUGCCGGUUCUUAAAAAAUGUGAAAGUGUUCAUUUCCAUGGGGAAGUUUGCUAAGCUUUCGUUGCAGGAGCUGAUGUGGAAGAUGAGAGUGAAUGACUGCAUGUGGCUUCGUCUAGUCAAAGGUGAUCACUUUGUUCCUGCGUAUGAACAUUGUUUCCGUGAAGAACUUUUGGCUAAAUUCCUGUACUGGCUGAUGGAUACCUAUGUUGUUGAGUUGCUCAGAUCAUUUUUCUAUAUCACCGAGACCAUGUUCCAGAAAAACAUGCUUUUCUACUACCGAAAGUUUAUUUGGGGCAAGUUACAGAACAUUGGAAUUAGAAACCAUUUUGCCAGAGUACACCUACGUGCUUUAUCUUCAGAGGAGAUUGAAGCUGUCCGUCAAAAAAAUUAUGUUCCUAUGGCAUCAAAGCUCCGGUUCAUUCCCAAAGCGAAUGGGUUAAGACCCAUAGUAAAAGUGAGCGGUGUUGUUGAAGCACGAGCAUUCAGCAGGGAAAGCAGAGAAAAGAAGAUGCAUCACUACAACACUCGACUAAAAAAUCUAUUUAGUGUGUUAAAUUAUGAACGGACUAUAAACACCAGUUUUAUCGGCUCUUCAGUGUUUGGGAAAGAUGAUAUCUACAAGACAUGGAAGAAGUUUGUUACAAAGGUUCUUGAAUCAGAUGGUGAAAUUCCUCAUUUCUACUAUGUAAAGGCUGAUGUGUCCAGGGCUUAUGAUACCAUUCCUCACAAUAAGCUUGUGGAAGUGAUUUCACGGAUCCUAAACCCUGAGAAAAGAACCGUGUACUGCAUACGGCGCUAUGCUGUGAUUAUGAUUACCACAAGUGGAAAAGCCAAGAGGUUCUAUAGGAGACAUGUUUCUACUUUCAAGGAUUUUAUGCCAGACAUGAAGCAAUUUGUGUCCCAGCUUCAGGAGAAUGCCUCAUUGCAAAAUGCAAUAAUAGUUGAACAGAGCUUAACUUUUAAUGAGACAAGUUCCAGCCUGUUUACUUUUUUUCUUCAAAUGAUACAAAACAACAUCCUGGAGAUUGGGAGCAGGUACUACUUACAGUGCUGUGGAAUUCCACAGGGCUCCAUUUUGUCAACCUUACUUUGCAGCUUAUGCUAUGGAGACAUGGAAAACAAAUUGCUCUGUGGAGUACAGCAGGAUGGAGUCCUAAUACGUCUCAUUGAUGACUUUUUGCUGGUUACGCCACAUUUAAAGCAGGCAAGAACUUUUCUAAGGACUCUAGCAACAGGUAUUCCUGAGUAUGGCUUUUUAAUAAACCCCAAUAAGACAGUCGUGAAUUUUCCUGUUGAUGAUAUCCCAGGAUGUUCCAAAUUUAAACAGCUGCCAGAUUGUCGUUUGAUCCCGUGGUGUGGUUUAUUAUUAGAUAUACAGACACUUGAGGUUUACUGCGAUUACUCCAGUUAUACCUGUACUUCCAUCAGAUCAAGUCUUUCCUUCAAUUCAAGUAGAACAGCUGGGAAAAACAUGAAAUACAAAUUGAUUACAGUCCUGAAACUGAAAUGUCAUUGUUUAUUUCUUGAUUUACAGAUCAACAGCCUUAGAACAGUUUUCAUUAACAUCUACAAGAUAUUUUUACUUCAGGCUUACAGGUUCCACGCCUGUGUUCUCCAACUUCCAUUCAACCAGAAAGUUAGAAACAAUCCUUAUUUCUUCCUAAGGAUCAUCUCUGAGACUGCAUCAUGCUGCUAUGCUAUCCUGAAAGCAAAAAACACCGGCGUUGCUUUAGGUAACAAAGGUGCAUCUGGUGUGUUCCCUUCUGAGGCAGCAGAAUGGCUCUGCUACCAUGCCUUCACUGUCAAACUGUCAAACCACAAAGUUGUUUACAAAUGCCUGCUUAAGCCCCUAAAAAUCUGUAAGAUGCAGCUAUUCAGGAAGAUCCCCAAGGAUACCAUGGCACUGCUGAAGACAGUGACAGAACCGUCUCUUUGUCAAGAUUUCAAAGCUAUCCUGGACUGA